AUGGCAAAGGGUGAUGGUGACGAUAAGGAGAAAACUAAAAAAGGAGCAAUUGUGGACAGCGAUGAUGGGGAUGAAAUGGAAAUGACAAACGAUGAGCUCCAGAUGUGGAUCAGUGAGUGGGUGGAGAAGAGCAAGCUGUUGAACCUGGCUGAUCAGAAGAGAAGCCAGCUGCAGUCACUGCUGGAGAAGAGGGAAAAACGGGUGGCUGCCUUGCUGAAACUCUGCAAGUCAGUAGCAGAAUGUGAAGCUGUCACAAAGAAGCUGUACAGUCUGCUCGGGUGGGAGUACAAAGAUGAGGAUUCUGAUGAUGAAAAAGCAGGCAGUCCAAACCCUGCUGCUGUUAAUACUGAUGAUGAUAAUGACAGCGCGGUCAUGGACUGUGAUGAUAUGCCUCAAUCCCCAUGUGAGGAUAUUUCCUCCGAGACUGAUGCGCCCAGCUCUCUGAUCCCUGACAGCCCUACCCUCCGCCCAAUGUGCACCCAGAUCAUUAACACUCAGGAUUCAGAUAAAGGUGAAACACUGCCGAGGGAUGAGGCUUCUAGUUCUCCUGCUAUAAAGAGGCGUGCGGUGGUUAAGUUGACCAGACUUUCUGAGGAUGAGAUUCGGAAUGCUCUUCGUUCACUGACGCCUGGACAGUACAGCAGCGAAGAAGAAGAAGAAGAAGAAGAAGAAGAAGAAGAAGAAGAAGAAGAAGACGACGACUUGAGCAGCUGUGAUUCUGAUAAUUUCUGGGAACCAAAAAAUAAAUCUAAUGUUUCAGAUUACUCAAACUUUGAGAACAAAUUAAAAAAACCGAAAGUGAGUGUUGCAGAUAACACAAUCAAAUCUCAACAAAAUGUAAAUACUGAUGCUAUAGCCACCCAGUUAAAGAAAGAAAUCAAAACUGAAUUACCAGUGAAAGAAACUUGUGAUGCUACGCAAAGGACAAAUAAAGUAACAGCAAUGGGUUUCGGGGGUGUAGUGUCAUCUGUUUGCCAAGCCCCCACCAAACAAGCCACAGGACCCCCUCCCGGCCUGUCAGAGGAGGUGGUCACAGUUAACAUGGCAGUCCUGGCCAAGAGGAUGUCCAACAAGUGGCAAAAGGGAGAAAUAGUGGCGAUCCCAACAAAGGAAGAUGGUGAGUUGAAGUACAAGGUUGAUUUCAGAGAGGAUGGGACCAGCCUGGUCUCUGGACAUCACAUGGCGUUUGAUCGUAUCCCGUCCCUGGAACGGCUGUAUGUUGGUGCUCGUGUGGUGGCCAAGUGCAAACAGACCAACCAGUCUACCUCUUUCUACUCUGGUGUGCUUGGAGAGCUUCCCAGCAGAAGGAACCGCAUGAGGUUCCUGGUCUUCCUCGAUGACCACACCCCGUGCUAUCUUGGCUUGCCUUCUCUUCACCUGGUUUGCAGACCAUUGAAGAAUGUUUGGGAUGAUAUUCCAGACUGCAACCACAGUCAUUUCAUUCAGGACUAUCUGACUGUCUGGCCGUACCCGCCCUUGGUCGAGUACAGGGUUGGAGAUGAAAUCAGCGCAGAGUUUGAAGGAGUCCAGAAGAAAUGUGAUGUGAAACAGAUUGACUGCAACUUGGUUCAUGUUGUUUUUCAGGAUGACCAACAUGAGGAGUGGAUCUACCGAGGCUCCAUACGACUGCAACACUUGGUCAAUAUGAAAGAACAUAUGAAGCUGGUUCAAAAAGACGAAGGUAAAGACUAUCCAGUCUUGAACCCCACACCAGAGUCAACUCUACUGACCACCCACACCAGUAAAUCUCAAGAUGGCGCCACGUCAACUCAUGCUUUAGCAAAAAACGCUUCAACCAGCAAAACUGAACAGGCAGUUGACUCCACGAAUGCCAGUGAAUGGAAGGUCACCAUCCCAACUCCUGAUGUGGUCACCUAUACCCCACAUGAAUGUUGUACUGCAUGCCUGGACCGCAUCAGGCCUUACUGGGACAUGAAACAGCAUCGUGGGCGCAACCCACUACUCAUUCCUCAGCUGUAUGGGUUUCGGCGCAUGUUAGCCCCUAAACAUAAUAAAAGCAAGUCCAAAGUGUCAUCCCAUUUGUACUACUGCAGUCCAUGCGGCCUGAACCUCUCCAGCAUUGCAGCAGUGCAAGACUAUCUAUACCAGACACACUGCGACUUCCUCUCCCAGGAGAUGUUCUGCCUAGACCCCCAUGUAUUUACCAGUACCACUUUUGAGACCCUUCCGCCUAAGAUCUACAUUCCAGACCUGGCUGAGGGCAAGGAGAACCAGCAGGUGUCUUGCAUCAAUGAACACAACAACAUCCGGCCCCCUAAGGUGGCCUACAGCAGUGACCUUGUGGUUAGAGGCGACAUCUCUAUCAACAACAGCCUUGACUUCAUGCCAGGCUGUGACUGUACUGAUGGCUGCAGAGACAGUGUGGCCUGCUCAUGUCGUCAACUGACUAUUCAGGCUACUUCCCUGAGCCAUGGGGGACCAGUGCAUACCAAUGCAAGCUACAAUCACAAGAGACUGAAUGAUCGUAUUAUUACUGGGUUGUAUGAGUGCAAUGCUCAGUGUAGCUGUAAUCCUCGCAUGUGCUCCAACCGGGUGGUACAGCAUGGCAUUCAGUUGCGGCUGCAAGUCUUUAUGGCUCCUGGCAGAGACUGGGGUAUUCGAUGUCUAGACGAUGUGGCCAAGGGCACCUUCGUUUGCACCUACAGUGGCAGAGUUAUACAUGGUGAGAAGAACACUCAUGCAGCUUCACACUUUGCCAAACUCAAUCUUAUAGAGAGAGUGGACAUUCACAAAGAGGAUUAUGAACCUGAGGCCUAUUGUUCAGACAGCGAAACAGCGCUAUCAGCUGAGAACCUGGAAGAGUCCCUGGAAGUAGAGAACAUUAAUGCUGGCAGUGGCCAUGAAGAUCCUGCAGAAACUCCAACCCGCAAAGGAAUAAAAUCUGGUCCUGCUGCAAAGGAAAAGAGACCAAAGGAGUGUUCCAACAUUGCCACUAAGGCUACCACCAGAGGUUUCUUUGAUGGGGAGGAUCUCUGCUACAUCAUCGAUGCUGAGAUGGAAGGGAAUGUGGCACGCUACCUCAGUCAUGAUUGGAACCCAAACCUGUUUGAGCAGUAUGUCUUCGUGGAUACACAUGACCUCAGGUUUCCCCGAUUGGCCUUUUUCACUAAAAAGCGAAUCAAAGCGGGCACAGAGUUCACCAUCGACUACAGAUCCAUAGGUGGUGUUGGAAGCAUUUCAGCCGCUCAACAAUGUCAUAGGAGCACCACAAAAUGACAGCACAAACCAUGAAGAAAGUUCAACUAUGUUCAUUUGUAACUGCAUUUAAAAAGGCAAAAAACUGAAAAUUUAAAGAGCCAGCGAGACCCACUGAAGAAGAUUCCACUUUACAAGUUGUUUUUUUUUUUGUCUUUCCCUUUUUCUGCCUAUUUAGUGGCCAAUCGCUCCCUAUUCUAAUUCAAAUACCCACCCUCGUACUGUAUGUGUUCGCCAACUGCAUCUCUCUGGCCGGCAGUCUUGAAGGAGACACCUCGCCACUUUCUUGACAAGGCGAAUCCAGGCCGAAUCACUGCUUUUUCCGACCCACCCAGAGACGCAUUCAUGUGAUGAACACAAGACAGCGUUGCCAAUUAUUGCUGCUUCAUCAAAUCCGGCCAUAGUCGGAUCUGACAAGACCGGGGUGUGAACCCCGGCCCCCAGUGGGCAACUGCAUCGACACAAAGCCAAUGCUUAGACCGCUACACCACCGCGGACCCCCGCUUUACAAGUUUUAAAGUGUUAAAAGACGAAAUUGGUCACUAAGUUUGUUUAUUCUUGGGUUUUUUUUUUCUGUUGAGUUUUACUUAAAUCUGAUGAGGGUCUAAGGAUAAAGGAAGUUUUGCAUUAAUGUGUGUGUGUUGCAUUUUGUGUUUGAUUUAGUAUGCAAUGUGAUUGUAAAAUUCUCUGGGACUAAAUUGUGAUUUUGUGGCAAAAUAAACU